GACAGGUGGACAGAGAGACUACCUGCCUACCUGAUCUCCCCACGGGAGAUUCCACAGAGUCGCGUUGGCUGCCGUUUUCGUGUCAGAAUGAGUUUGUACGGGUCCCAAAGGGCCCUGAACAUGAGCCGUAGGGCCGGGUCUAAGGGCGACUUGACUGGCGUGGGGACUCACCAUUACGCACGAAGCGAGGUCGUGCACGGAGGCGGUAAUGGAUACGACCCGUACAUGGACGGAUACAACACCUACACCUAUUCAAAGUCCUCUGGAGGCGGAAUGUCAGGCGGAAUGAUGAGCGGUACGGGAGGCGGAAUGAUGAGCGGUAUGGGAGGCGGUACGGGAGGCGGAAUGAUGAGCGGUACGGGAGGCGGAAUGAUGAGCGGUAUGGGAGGCGGCGGAAUGAUGAGCGGCAUGGGAGGCGGAACCGCAAAGGGUAUGGAAGGCGGAAUGAGUGGCUCCGCUUCCAUCCAACAGAGGACCAUGAUCCUACAGGCCCAGUGCCAGGAGUACCUGCAGAAAGCUGAAUACGCCCUUCAGUCUGGCAGUUCCAUGGGAGAUGCAGAGCGCUACAUGAUGCUGGCCAAAGAGACCAUUGAACAGCUGAAGAGCUGGGCGAUGGACUUGAGACAUCAGGGACAGCCCAAUGACAACGUAGUCAGGACAAUGGAGAUAUGUAAAGACCAGCUGAAGGGAGUCCACAUGGCCAUCAACGGCUCCAUGCACAGGAGGAGGAGCACCAGAGGGAGCUGGGAGGAACCUGGAAGGAGCUACCAAGAUGCUAUGGCCUGGAUUGGACAGCAAAAGCGUCUGAUUGAAACUUCUUCCUGGGGGGACGAUCCUGCCACCAUCGAACAGCAGAUCAUCAGCCACCAGAAAUUCCACAGCUCCAUCCAGAGGAGCCCCGAGGUGGACCGAGCCAAAGACGACCUGAUUAAGAAAGGAGACAAGGGCAAUCUUCAUGCUUUGGAUCAGGAAUGGGACAGUCUGCAGCAAGUGUCGUUUGGAAGGACCGAGCAGCUGCAAGAACUCAAGCAGAUCAUUCAGGAUAUGUCCAAAGAGAUCAUGUGGGUGAACGAGAGGGAGGAAGAGGAGCUGAUGUUUGACUGGGGAGACAAGAACAUCGACCAGUACAUCCCCCGCAAGCAGGAGAGCUACUCGAAACUGAUGAGUGCCCUGGAGGACAAAGAGAAGGACCUGAACAAGCUGAAAACCAGAGGGGAUACCCUCCUGAAGAACAACCAUCCGGCUUCAGACAAGAUCGAGGCUUACAGGGACACUCUGCAGACUCAGUGGAGUUGGCUCCUUCAAAUCACCAAGUGCAUUGAUAUUCAUCUGAAGGAGAACGCAGCUUACAACCAGUUCUUCAAAGAGGCCAAUGAGACGUACAGCGGUCUGCAGAAGGAGCAUGAGACGGUCCGUAGGAAGUUCACCUGUGACAAGAACACUUCACUGGAGAACCUAAUGGAGCUCCUUGGGGGAUUGGAGAGGGAGAGGGAGAAAAUUAUGGAAAACAAGAGGCAGGUUCAACAUCUGGUCAACAAGUCCAGGAGCAUUGUGAGACUGAAACCCAGAAACACUGAUGAGAAAAGCAGCAGCCCCAUCAUUGUCAAGGCCCUGUGUGAUUUCAAACAAGACCAGAAGGUGAUCUGUAAGGACAAUGAGGCCAUCCUAAAGGACAACAAUCAACGCAGUAAGUGGGACGUUACGGGCCCUGGAGGACUUGAUAUGCUAGUACCCUCUGUGUGCCUGAUCGUACCACCUCCUAACCCACUCAGCAUCAGUCUGGCCAACAAGAACGAGCAGUACUAUGAGGCCAUCCUGUCAAUCUGGAAUCAACUGUACAUCAACGUUAAGAGUCUCAUCGCCUGGCAGUACUGCCUCCUGGAUAUCAGAAAAAUCAACUCUCUCACCGUGACCAUGCUGUCCCGCAUGCGUCCUGAGGAAUACCGCCAACUUAUCAAGAGUCUGGAGACUCGCUACGAGGAGUUCAUACUGAGCAGCCACAACUCCCAGAUGUUUGCUGACGAGGACAAGAGAAGCGUUGAGAACCAGUUCAACGGAGCUCAGAACCACUAUGAAGAGAUGGUGGUGCAGUUGCCUACUUACAUUGCACAGCAGGAAGAAAUAGAAGUACAGCAAGCAGCCCAGCAGCAACAACAAGCUGCUGCUGAGGCCAGGAGGCAUGAAGAGGAGGCCAGGAGGCUUGAAGAGGAGGCCAGGAGGCUUGAAGAGGAGGCCAGGAGGCGCGAUGAGGAGGCCAGGAGGGUCGAAGAAGAAAGACGAAAAGCAGAGGUGAAAAAAUUGAGGAAAUCUGAACAGAAAGGAUUGAAUAAAGAGAUCGUUGAUGGAAAAGUGGUCAAGACCGAGACGAAGAAGCUGAAGGGUUCGUGUAUUUCUGCCUCCUCCUCCUCGUCCCGCAGCUUAUCUGAGCUGCAUGCGCUCAGACUCAGGCUGGAGGGCGCCGAGGACACACUGAGUCAGCACGUUCACAUCUGCCUUGGAGACGACGGGAUGCACGACUGUGGCCUCAAGAUCUCUCAGCUAGAGACAGUGCAGCAUGAUUACCAAUCGAUUCAUGCAGAGUACUUGCGUCUGAGGGAUCGUAUCUUGAUGGAGCUGGAGGGCAUGAAUGAUUCUGAUAAAGCCCAGUUCCUCCGCAGUGAGAUUGUAGUCCUUGAGCAAAGAUUGGGCAGCCUGGAGAGCAGCUCAUCAGUUUACCUGCAGCGGCUGCAGGCUCUAAGGGACAUGCUGGAGAGUGUGGCGCGAGCUGAAGACAUAGUGAAAGUUCAUGAGGCGAGACUGACAGAGAAAGAGACCACCUCUCUGUCGCCCAGUGAAGUGGAGGAUUAUAUGUUGACCCUGAAGAAUAUUAAAGCAGAGCUGGAUCAGAAGAGGGAAGUUCUGGCCUCCAUGGAGGCGGAGUUAACAAAUGCAAGCCACUGGAACAGCCAGGUGGGCGGGCCCUUCCACAGGUGUGACAUGAUGCUAUCCAAAUACAGUGAGCAGGUGAACCUGCUGUCAGACCGCUGGAGACGAAUCCAAGGGCAGAUUGACACAAGAGUCCAGGAUUUGCAGUUGUAUCAGCCUCAGCUGCAGCACUACACGCAAACCAGCACCUCAAUUAUGGAAUGGAUUGAUGCCACAAAGAAAAAACAAGACGCCCUUCAGGCCACCAAGAUAGAGAGCAUCCAAGCACUGACAGAUCAUAUUAGCAACCAGAAGGCGCUUAACUCAGAAAUCAAAGCGAAGAGGGAGACGGUAGAGAGUGUGCUGAAGGACAAUGAGGCCUGUGUGAAUGCUAUCAAGGACUAUGAAACGGACCUAGCCGCUUACUCCUCUGGUUUAGAGACUUUGCUCAACAUCCCCAUCAAAAGGACAAUGCUGAAGUCGCCGUCGAUGGAUCUCAAUCUGGAAGCUACACAACUGCAAACCCGUUACAUGGAGUUGCUCACCCAUUCUGGUGACUACUACAAAUACCUGGGAGAGCUGCACAAAAACAUGGAGGAGCUCAAGAUUCGUAACACCAGGAUUGACGUGUUAGAGGAACAUCUUCGGGUGUUGAGGGAGAGCAUGCAAGACCGCGACGCCAAGAACAAAUCUCUGGAAGAUACUGUUUCCUGUUACCGGCUGGAGUUGUCCAACUCACAGGCCAAGCUGCUGUCAAUGGAGGAAGUGAAGCAAACCGCUGCGCUGCAGAACAAUGCUACCAGGGACGAUCUUGACUCCACUCACAGCAAGCUGGCAGACCUCAAUGAUGAGGUGACACGUCUCAGCUACUUGUUUGAAGAAGAAAAGAGGAAGAGGAGGCUGGCAGAGGAGCGCUACACUACGCAACAGGAGGAGUACGAGUUGGUGCUGAGGAAGAGGCAGAAGGAGCUGGAGACGGUCAGCUGGUCCAAGAUGGAGGUGGAGAAAAGUGAGGCAAAUAAGGACCAUGAGAUUGAAAAGCUGAAGCGGCACCUGGCUGAGGAGGCAGCAAGGGUCAAGGAGCUACAGAGGGAGAUUUCAAAGACAUCAGCCUCAAUGCUAUCCAUUCAGUCUCAAUACAGUGAGAUUGUGAACGAGAGAGACACUCUUUUGCUGAAACUGCAAUUGUCAGAAAAGGACAAAGAUCGCUACCAAAGGCUUGAGGACGAACUCAGUCGCAUUAAAUUGUCCCAAGACUCUGAGCUUCGCAAUACGCAGCGUUUGCAGGAGGAGAACGAGAGGGUUAAGAGAGAUUUAGCUUACUGGAAGGACCAGUAUGAUAGUAAGCAGGGCCUGAUCAGGCAAUAUGACACGGAUAAGGAACGUCUGGAGAGGGAAAAAAACUCUUUGAAUAGUGAGAUCGAGAGGUUGAUGAAGGAACUCAGAGAGGUUGAGGCGACUUAUAAAAGUAGGCUGACAGCCAUGCAAAAAGAUCUGCAAGAUGUAGCUGUUGUCAGAGAAACCAUGAAAACUGAGCUGAUGAAAGUAAGGGAGCCCCCAACUUUGGAUACCUCCACUCUGGUUUUUGAUGGAGUCCGUAAGCCAGUCAAUGCAAACCAGUUGCUUGACUGUGGUGUUUUGGACAAACCAACAUUCAGCCAGCUUGUGAAGGGGCAUAAGACUAUCCCUGAUGUGUCCGUCGACAAAAAAGUCAGUCUUAAAGGGACAGGCCCAAUAGCUGGCGUGGUAAUUGAAGGUCCAAAAGGUCCAGGGUCUAUUAAAGGACCCCAAUACAAAAUGACUUUCACAGAAGCGAAGAAAGAGAAUCUGCUACCUCCAGAUAGCGUUGACCUGCUACUCGAUGCUCAGGCUGCCACAGGCCACAUAAUUGAUCCCAGAACUAAUCAGAAGUUGACAGUUGCAGAGGCAUGUGAUAAAGGUGUGGUUGAUGAAGAGGACAGAGAGAGGUUGCUAGCAGCAGAAGCUGCAGCUGUAGGAUAUCGUGGUCCUGGCACAAGCAAACCCCUUUCAGUAUUUCAGGCUAUGAAGAAAGGACUGAUUGACAAAAGCACAACACUGCGUCUGCUGCAAGCCCAGGAGUCUGUGGGUGGCAUUCUCGAUCCUGUACUCAGUGUGUUCCUUCCCAAAGACACAGCAAUUGAACGUGACCUAAUUAAUGAUGACAUAUAUAGUGCUCUGAAUCGGAGACCUGAACUCUACCUGGACCCAGAAAGUGAGGAUGGUGUAACCUAUAACUCAAUGAAGAAGAGAUGUAAGGUAGAGCUAAACACAGGCCUACUGCUUCUUCCUAUCCUUGAGAAGGUAGACGUCUCCAAACUUGUCUUUGAUGGUGUUCGGAAACCUGUCACAGCCAAGCAGCUGCUUGAUUGUGGUGUCUUGGACAAGCCAACAUUUAAAGAUCUAGAAAAGGGAAAUAAAAAUGUCCUUGACGUGUCCGUUGACAAAAACGUUAAUCUGAAGGGGACUGGGCCUAUAGCUGGGGUUGUAGUUGGGAGUCAAGGCAAAAUGUCUUUGUCAGAAGCCAAGAAACAGUUGCUCCUCCCUGAAGAUAGUGCAGAUUUGUUACUGGAAGCCCAGGCUGCCACCGGUCACAUCAUUGACCCCAGAAACAAUCAGAAGCUGACUGUAGAGGAGGCAUGCGCCAGAGGAGUGGUGGACAUUGGGGAUAGAGACAGAUUAUUGGCAGCUGAAGCAGCUGCUGUGGGAUACAAGGAUUUUAGCUCAGCAAAGCCUCUCUCAGUGUUUGAAGCUAUGAAAAAGGAUAUCAUUGACAGAAAGACUGGGCUACGCCUGCUGCAGGCCCAGGAAUCUGUGGGGGGCAUUCUAGAUCCUAAUCUCAGUGUGUUUCUCCCAAAAGAUACAGCCAUCAAGCGCAAUCUUUUGGAUGAAAACCUCCGACAAGCUCUAAGACAGAGUCCUAAGUGUUUCCUUGAUCCAGAAACUGAGCGUGAUGCCAGCUAUGAUGCAUUGAAAAAGAGAUGCAAGACAGAGCCUCAUACAGGUCUGCUACUUUUGCCAAUCACUGAGAAGCUAGACCCUUCCAAACUGAUCUUUGAUGGUGUUCGUAAGCCAGUCACAGCUCAGCAGUUGCUUGAUUGUGGGGUCCUGGACAAACCAACAUUUACCCAACUAAUGAAGGGAGAGAAAACUGUCCCAGAGGUGUCUGUGGAUAAGAAGGUAUUUCUAAAGGGGACGGGAUCAAUUUCUGGUGUGGCAGCUGGACCAUUAGGGAAAAUGUCUUUAUCAGAAGCAAAGAAACAGAUGCUCAUGCCCCCAAAAAGUGCGGAUUUGCUACUGGACGCUCAGGCUGCCACAGGACACAUCAUUGACCCCACAACCAAUCAGAAGCUGACAGUAGAGGAAGCAUGUGUACGAAGGGUGGUGGACAAUAGGGAUCGAGAUAGACUCUUGGCAGCAGAAGCCGCUGCUGUGGGAUACAAGGAUUUUAGCUCAGCAAAGCCUCUCUCAGUGUUUGAGGCAAUGAAGAAAGGAUUGGUUGACAGGAAGACUGGGCUUCGCCUGCUGCAGGCCCAGGAGUCUGCUGGAGGCAUUCUCGAUCCCAAUCUCAGCGUGUUCCUCCCCAAAGAUACAGCUAUCAAGCGUAACCUUUUGGAUGAAGACCUCUGUCGUGCUCUAAGCCAGAGUCCUGAGUGUUACAUUGACCCAGACACUGAGCGUGAUACCAGCUAUGGGACUUUAAAGAAGAGAAGCAAAACGGAGUCUCACACAGGCCUGAUACUUCUACCAAUCACAGAGAGAAAAGACCCCUCCAAACUGAUGUUUGAUGGAAUCCGCAAGCCAGUCUCAGCACAGCAGUUGUUUGAAUGUGAGGUCCUUGACAAGCCAACAUUUGACCAACUAGUAAAAGGGGAUAAAACAGUCCCUGCAGUGUCUGUGGAAAAGAUGGUCUAUCUUAAGGGGACUGGACCCAUUGCUGGGGUGGCAGCUGGAUCUGAAGGAAAAAUGUCUUUCUCAGAAGCCAAGAAACAGAUGCUCCUGCCCUCAGAUAGUGCAUAUUUCCUACUAGAAGCCCAGGCUGCCACAGGCUACAUCAUUGACCCUAAAACUAAUCAGAAGCUGACAGUUGAGGAGGCAUGCGCCAGAGGUGUGGUGGACAUUAGAGAUCAAGACAGAUUAUUGACAGCAGAGGCUGCCGCUGUGGGCUUCAAGGAUCGCAGCUCAGCCAAGCCUCUAUCAGUGUUUGAGGCCAUGAAGAAAGGAUUAAUUGACAGGAAGACUGCGCUACGCCUGCUGCAGGCCCAAGAGUCUGUGGGAGGAAUUAUUGAUCCCAAUCUCAGCGUGUUCCUCCCCAAAGAUAUAGCUAUCAAGCGCAACCUUUUGGAUGAAGACCUCCGUCAUGCUCUAAAUCAGAGCCCUGCUUGUUAUCUUGACCCAGAAACUGAGCUUAAUGCCACCUAUGGGGCUUUGCAGGAAAGAUGCAAGAUAGAGCCUCAAGCAUACCUUCAACUUUUGCCAGUCUCUGAGAAAUUGGACCCUUCCAAUAUACUCUUUGAUGGUGUACGUAAGCCUGUCACAGCACAACAAUUGCUUGAUUGUGGGGUCCUGGACAAACUGACAUUUAACCAGCUAAUGAAGGGAGAGAAAACUGUCCCAGAGGUGUCUGUGGAUAUGAAGGUUUUUCUGAUGGGGACAGGUUCAAUUGCUGGUGUGGCAGCUGGACCUUUACGGAAAAUGUCUUUCACAGAAGCCAAAAAGCAGAAAAUUAUGUCUUCUGACAGUGCCGACAUGCUACUGGAAGCUCAGGCAGCUACUGGCAACAUCAUUGACCCCAAAACUAAUCUGAAACUGACUGUAAAGGAAGCAUGUGCUAGAGGAGUCGUGGAUAAGGAGGAUGGAUCAAAGCUGUUUGCUGCUGAAGCUGCUGCUAUAGGUUACAGAGACCCAAAUACUGGCAAGCUCCUGUCAGCAGGCCAGGCCAUGAAGAAGGGAUUAAUUGACAAGGACACAGCUCUACGUAUACUUCAGGCUCAAGAGUCUGUAGGGGGUAUUUUAGACCCUGCUCUCAGUAUAUUUCUACCCAAAGACAUUGCUAUGGAUAGGGAUCUCAUAGAUGGGGACCUAUAUCAGUGCCUGAAUCAGUAUCCUGAGUGUUAUCUGGACCCAGACACCCAACAAGCAACUACCUAUGUAUCUCUGAAGAAAAAAUGCAAGGCAGAUCCAAAAACAGGUCUUUUGCUUCUCCCUGAACCUAAAAAGCCAUUAACUGUCCAGGGGCUCAGGGACCAGGUGUCAGUCACAGAUCUAGUGGAUGCAAACCUUUUAGACCGGUCGGAAAUGGACCAACUGAGGAAGGGCAGAUUGACGAGCCACGACAUUGAAGACCGCCUGCGCUCCUACCUGAGAGGCUCCACCUGCAUAGCAGGAGUUUAUGAUGAGGCCAGUGCUAAGGUGAUGCCAAUCUAUCAGGCCAUGAAAGAUGGACUGUUGCCACCUGGGACCGCUCUGGAACUGCUGGAAGCCCAAGCUGCCUCAGGUUUUAUAGUUGAUCCUGUCAACAACCAUUACCUGACUGUUAGUGAUGCCUAUAAUAAAAGACUGUUUGGGCCAGAGUUUAAAGACAACCUGCUAUCAGCAGAGAAGGCUGUUACCGGGUACAGACUGCCUGGUACGGACAAGGUUAUCUCCCUCUUUCAGGCUAUAGAGAAAGGUCUGGUGGAGAAAGGUCAUGGCAUCCGUCUACUAGAGGCCCAGAUUGCCAGCGGUGGUAUAAUUGAUCCUGAACACAGCCAUCGUAUUGACGUGAACGUAGCCUACAAGAGAGGUUACUUUGACAAUGAAAUGAACAAGAUCCUGACUGAUCAAAAUGUUGCUCCUAAGGGUUUCUUUGACCCCAACACAGAGGAAAAACUAACUUAUCUGGAGCUUAAGAAACGCUGUAUCACAGAUAAGAAGACUGGCCUCAUACUUUUGUCUAUCGAGGACAAGAAAAAUCAAGAGUCGACUCAGCACAACACUCGGAGAAAGAGGAGAGUGGUAAUUGUAGACCCAGCGACUAAUAAAGAGAUGACAGUACGUGAAGCGUAUGACAAGGGGUAUAUUGACUUCGACACCUUCCAGGAGCUGUCCGAGCAGGAGUGUGAGUGGGAAGAGAUCACUAUCACUGCUCCAGAUGGUUCCACACGAUUUGUUAUCAAUGACAGAAAGACUGGAAGACAGUAUGAUAUUACCGAGCUGCUUGAAAAGCGAGUAAUUAAUCAAUCAGAUCUAGAUAAUUACCGAUCACGUACCAUCACUCUUCAUCAAUUUGCAGAUAUCAUCAGCAACAAGUCCAAAUAUGGCUCAUCAUCAGUAUCGUCGUCGUCAUCAUCAACUUCAAGAUUAUCAGCAUCCCCUGGUACAUCUUCAAUGACAUCAUCAUCAACUUUAAGAACAUCAGCAGCCUCUGUUCCAUCGUCAGUGACAGCCUUAUCAUCAUCAUCAUCAUCAUCAUCAUCAUCAUCAUCACUCCUGUCAAGGCCCUUAUCACCUACUCUUGCCAAGAUGACAACAACAAGAAUUACAACUGUCAGAGAGCAAAGUGCCUCAAACAGCAGUUUAGCUCUAGACUCAUCUGACUCCCUUAGGGGUAUAUCCGGCGUAUCUAUCACUCUGGCCUCUCCUGUUGAAACGGUCGGUGACCAGGUACCUGUAGGUGCAAUCUUUGACACAGACACUAUAGAGAAGAUAUCCAUCACAGAAGCUCUAAAUCGUGGUCUGGUGGAUUCCAUCACUGCUCAGAGACUGCUGGAGGCUCAGGCCUGCACAGGGGGAAUUAUUGAUCCCACAAAUGGCCAUAGAUGCAGCAUACAAGAGGCCACCCGCCUUGGCAUAAUAACUGACGACAUGGCCUCCAAGCUUAAGCCUGCCCAGAAAGCCUUCUUUGGCUUUGAGGAUGUCAAAACCAGAAAGAAGAUGUCUGCUGCUCAAGCCAUGAAGGAGAUGUGGCUGCCAUAUGAUGCUGGGCAGAGGUUUCUGGAGUUCCAGUUUGUAACAGGGGGGCUUUAUGACCCAGAAAUGGGCUGUAGAAGAACCAUAGGAGACGCUGUGAAAAUGGGCUGGCUGGAUGAGAGAGCAGGCCAGAAGCUCCAAGACAUCAGACACCACACAAAGAACCUGACUUGCCCCAAGAGCAAACUUAAGAUCUCCUACAAGGAGGCUCUUGAUAAUUGUCUGGUGGAGGAAAGCAAUGGGUUGAAAAUGCUCCAGGCAUCAUCUGUGUCUUCCAGAGGGAUCAGCAGUCCCUACAAUGUCUCCUCUGCCCCAGGAUCCACCACCGGCUCCAGGAGUGGCUCAAGACGAAGCUCCCGCAGGAGCAGUGUGGACCUAGGCUCCCCCACCUCUUCAUCAACUUUUAACCAAAGUCGCACUAGCUUCACCAGCUUUUCCUCCACCUUCACCAGAUAA